GGCAUAAGCAAAGCAUACUGGGAGGAACAAACAUUCUAAUCUACUCUGCUACGCUCUUGUGUAUAAGUUCCUCCUUCUCUGCAUCUAUUCUUAUUCACAAUCACUUUCAGUUACUCAGUGGCUUAAUUGAGACUACGAAAUGAGGCAGCUCCCAGCAGGGGAUUUAGACAGCCUACAUCUGGUAGGGCAAGGAGGAUUUGGGCUGAUAUACAGAGGCUGGAGCAAGACUCUCAGUAUGGAUAUAGCCUUCAAGACAAUUCAUGGGGCUCAUGGUUCAAAUCUUAGAAGAUUGAUGAACAAUCUAAAGAAGGAAGGAGACGUGAUGCAUAAAGCAAACUACAUUUAUAUCCUUCGUAUCCUUGGAAUGUACGAGACUCAAGAGGGAAACUUUAAAGAGUGUGGUCUAGUUAUAGAGUACAUGCCCUAUGGCUCUUUACGAUCCCUGUUUGACAACAUCUGUGAAGUUCCAUGGGCACUAACAUUUCAAAUUCUUCACCAAGUCUGCCUGGGUAUGAAUUAUCUCCACAGCCUUUAUCCACCAAUUAUUCAUCGAGACCUAAAACCUGCUAACGUUCUAUUAAACAAGCACUUAGAUAUUCAGAUCACAGACUUUGGAUUGUCAAAGAUUAUUGGAGCUACUUCCACUGCUGUGCAGCCAUGUUUUGCAGGUACCUUGUCAUACAUGGCCCCUGAGGCUCUCACUGACCUCAACUACAAGCCAACAAAAGCCUAUGAUGUGUACAGUUUUGGAAUCUUAAUCUGGACACUUUUCUCCAGAGAAGAGCCAUACAAUGGUUCAAAUCCAUUGCUAAUUCAGCAAAAAGUGCCUGACGGACAGAGGCCAAUGGAUACUGUUCUGGAUGAGCUGACUACUGUGAAGAUGGUGUCUGAAGCCAAGGAGCUAAUGAUAAAAUGUUGGAGUGGUAAACCUGAAGACAGGCCCUGCUUCCGUGAAUGUAGUGGAACAACAAGGCUUAUGUUUGAAGAAUAUAUGGGUGAGAUAGACAGUGCUGUUCGAAUUGUUCAAGAUCAACUCAAGAUGGUUUAUUCUACAGAUGAGACCACAGAAUUCAGUAAAGAAUCUACCAGUUUUUCUGCAAGCUCUUUUCGAAGAGCAUUGUAUGAAAAUGAAAGCACCCAACAACUAGCCCAGGAAACCUCAGAUAAAGAACUGGCAAUUCCUGAUGAAAAUAAUACAAUUCCAGAGAAAAAUGAAUCAGAGGAAGAACAAUUAUCAGCGACGAUGGCUGUUGCCCUCACAUCAGCUGUAAAAGAGAGUGGCGAAUAUAAAAAAAUCGUAAACAAUCUGUCUGAACAAGGUAUUGUAACUGAAGCUCUUCGGAAAAACCUGGAUGAAAGUCACAGUAUAAAAGAACUCGGACAAGCAGCUGAAAAAAUUCUUAGAGGCAAAAGCAAGGAACUUAUGAAAGAUAGUUCUCAUCGAGUUAAGUCAUGGUUCAAGAAGAUAUGAAGGAAGAUCUCAUGACUAUGAGACAUAAACAGUUUAACAGACUUUCUUCUGGAAGUAAACAGAUAUUGCUAAUCUUUAAAAUAAAUUAUUCUGCCGUAGAAAUCAACUGGAAAGAGAAUAGCUUUGCAGAAUCUGCUGGCGCUCUAGAAAAAACGGAUAAUAUUAAUACUGCCUUGCCUAGGGAAAUCCAGGGUGGUUUACAUGGGCUAACCUUAUUCUUAUCUGGCCUUAGUUAUUUCCAGUGUUGCAGAUCAAAUGAUGCUGAGAGAACAGAGACUAUUAUUUAUCCCUUGGAUUUUGCUAUAAUCUACAGUAAUUACACAAAUCUGGUUUGCCUAUAAUUUGAUUCAGGUUACUGACCUAAAUAUUGCAGUAUCACUACACUUGCAGGUUACACUACCUAACCCUCAGUUUAUCUUUCUGUUUUUUUGCCUUUUUUCUGUAUGAUUUUUUUUACAGGGGUUUGCACUAUAUAUAUAUAUAUAUAUAUAUAUAUAUAUAUACACACAAGUAUAUAUAGUCUAGUGAAAAACAAUGCAUGCUCUAGUUUAUUAGUUAAUGGAGUUUUUGCAUUAUUAGUGUUUCAAUUCUAUAUGUUUAACCCAUACAAUGGAAUUAAACACAUAGUUUAGGUCUCGCUUGAAACCGCAAAUGUUGCAGCUGCCAAACUGAACAAAGCUGGUGAUUGGCAUGUUUGUGAGAUAAUCUGCUAAUAAUUGGCUAAUUGUCUGUUUCCAGCUCAGGUCAGCAGUUCUCUGCAACACUCCAGGGGGUUACCUAUGUGUUUAACUACUUUUCAACACCGUCAGGGCCUGUCAGUCCCCCUAAACGAACGUGUUUUACCUCCACCAACUCAGAGGUGGUGAAGAGGGUAAGAAGCAGCGUUGGAUGGCCACUGUUUCUUACAUUGCAGAAAGCAGGCUUGCAUGAGUGGGCCUGCCUCAUCAGGGCUCAAAAGCAUCAUCUGUUUAAUACAUCAAGCCUUUAGAGUUGCAGUGUUGAUAGUGCAAAAUGGCAUACAUAACGUAUUAGAGCAUGCAAUGUUUGCACUAGAAUAUCCAUUUAAAAGCAAGAGGAAUUCAUAUUACAUGAGUUCUUCUGUAGCUCACUUCUAUUAAAUAGUAAACAGUCAAGGUUCCAAUUUGAUCAUUUAACUGUGUGCAACAGUACCCAAAAUAUAAAAGCUUCACAAGCUAUACAUUCAAUUCACUUGGCAAAGCCUAGAUAUAUUCUUACUGGAUAGGUGCAAAAAGGGAGUCAACCUUGCUCUCAGUUACUUUUGGUGAUGCUUCUGCUGCAAAUGAAAUACUCCUCAUUGUGAAAAUGAGAUAUACGUUUCAGUGUUAAUAAGUAUCUUGCAAUGUAAAUGGUUUGAAUAUGUAUAUAGCACUGUAUUGUGUAUGUGUCAUUGUUUUUAAAUAAAAGAUGCUUGUCACCCAA